AUGGCUGUCGCCGAAACUGAGAAGUUCCUCCACCUCUCGCGGCCCAUCGCGCCGGCCACGAUUGGCAUCCCAGGCAACAUUGCCCCGCUCACCGUCAACAUCCAACCCCAGGCCAUCCUCUCCAUUCUCGACCAUGCCGUGCGAAGAGACAUCCGCGAUACGCAAUCAACCCGCGUUAUCGGCGCCCUCGUUGGUGUCCGCUCCGAAGAUGGCACCGAGGUCGAAGUGCGCUCCUGCUUCGCCAUCCCCCACACCGAGAAUGAGGACCAGGUCGAGGUGGAUGUCGACUACCAGAAGAACAUGCUCGCCCUCACCCUCAAGGCCAACCCGCGCGAGUCCCUGUUGGGCUGGUACACCACCACCCACGAGCUCAACUCCUUCUCCGCCCUGAUCCAGAACUUCUUCGCCUCCCCCGAGACCGGCACCUUCCCCCACCCAGCCGUCCACCUCACCAUCAGCACCGACCCGACCUCCGACAUCGAGGCCCGAUGCUACAUCUCCGCUCCCGUCGCCGUCAACGCCGAGCGUGCCGCCGAGAGCUGCCUGUUCAUCCAGGUCCCCCACAAGCUCAUGUACGGUGACGCCGAGCGUAGCGCCCUCGAGGCCAUCUCCAUGGCCAAGGACACCGAGGACCGUAUCGCCCCUGUCGUCUCCGACAUUGAGGGUCUCGCCCGCUCCAUCGAGUCUGGCGCCAACCUCAUCGAGCGCGUCAGCGACUGGGUCAACGGCAUCCUCGACGAGGAUGAGGAGCCCAACCAGGCCCUCGGCCAGUACCUCAUGAACGCCCUCUCCCUCGCGCCCAAGGUCGACCCCGAGCAGAUCGAGCACGACUUCAACAACCACAUCCAGGACGUCCUCAUGGUCUCCUACCUGGCCAACACCAUCCGCACCCAGAUCGACCUGUCGCAACGGCUGGCUGUUGCCAAUCUCACCGGCGGCGAGAAGGACGGCGAGGGCAAGACGACCGAGGGCGGCGAGAAGGGCGAGCAGCGGGGUCAGCGUGGUGGUAAGCGUGGUGGACGCGGCGGUGGCCGUGGCGGCGGCCAGAGGGGAGAGCCUAGGGAACCCCGCGAGCCCCGCGAGCCGAGGGAACCCACUGAGUAA